AUGACUUGUUCUAAUUCACAAUAUUAUCUCUCUCUGUUCCUCCUCCUCCUCCCAUCUCUAUUUUUCACUCUUUCUUCCUCCCACUCCAUAACCCUACCCUUCUCCGCCCCUAAAACGCCCAACCACCACUUAUCCGCCGCAACCAAAACCCUAUGGCAACAGCUGCGUCAUAUGGCCAUCGCCCGGUCGUCCAACAUCUCCUCGACUACCCCUCUCUCCGCUUUCCCUGUCGGUACCAUCUCCCUCGCCUUCGGCACGCCGCAAAAAAACCUUCUUUUCGCCUUGUCCGGCAGUGCCAGCAUAACCUCGAUCCCAUGCGGGGCCAACUUCUCGUGCCGCGACGGCUGCAAAGAUAUUCUCACAUUCAAGCCCGAACUAUCCAACUCUUCCGCUUUAGUUUACUGCAACGACACGUUAUUGCAAGAAAUUGUCUCCCGGGAUCUUGUCCCCGUGUGUUUCCAAGAAUGCACCGCAGCAAACGACUCGUGCGUGGCGGAGUACAUCGACGACGAAGGCUCAUUGUCAAUGUCGGGGGUUAUUUUAUCCGAGUCCCUAACCCUACCCGGGGUGAAGGGCCAGGCCAACAAUCUCCUUGUCGGGUGCGCUUCCGAGUCAGAUGGAUGGCCCCAAGGCAUGGGGAUCGCCGCGUUCAGGCGAGUCCCUUCGUCCCUCGUGUCCCAACUCAAUGUCACGAAGUUCUCGCACUGCUUUGUCUCGAAGAUAUACGAAGGCGACCGUAAUGUAAGCGAUAAGAUUUUAGUCGGGGGAAUCGAGGUGGAUGUCCCGACGGAGUAUCUGAAGCCAGAUGAGGAUGGCAACGGGGGAAUGAAAGUGGAGGUCGGGUACACAGUCUCGGUCAUGGACGAACGCGUGUUCAAACCGUUCGUGCAGGAGUUUGAGAAGCAAGUUGGGACAAUGGGGGGCGAGUUGGUUGUGCCGGUUGAAAAUUACAUUGGGUAUUGGAACGACUCGGUUAUUUGCAUGAUGAUAUGGUCUAAUGAUAGUGAGACGACGAGAGAUGAUUAUGAGCUGGGCAGGCCUGCGAUCGUUUUGGGUCAGUGGCAGAUGCAGAACGUUUACGUGGAAUACGAUUUGGCCAACAAUCGUCAUGGGCUCCAGCCCAGAAACUGCUCGCAAGGUUCUUAG